CUGCUCUUCUUCUUCUUCCUCCUCCUCUUCCUCCGCCCCCUCCUCUUGUCGGCUUUGCUGCACAUUGGUGGUAUUUUGGGAAAGGAUUAACAACCUCCCCUUCGGCUGCUUAUAGGUGCAAACUUCUCCCGAGGACAUCUCUCUCUCUCUCUUCUCUCUCUCUCUCCUCUCUCUCUCGCUCUCUCACUCUACACAAUCACACGCACAGCGGGAUUUACAGCAACCGUGGAUUUGACCGGAGCUCGAGAUUAUCACUAAUAAUAGUUAGUUGAGUAAGUGCUGCUUCCUUCCGUUUGCCUCUCUAAACCUCGUUUGGAUUAUCUCCCUGGAUGGUGGACGUCUGGACACACAGGAAAAGACCAAUGAAGACAGCCAGAUGGUGGUCGGCGGCAAUUUUACUGUUGGGCCUCCUCGCUGUGCUCGGCGCAGACGGGAGACCCAACAAGGAGGACGUCCGGUCGCCGCUCUACCGACCGGUCGUGAGAUUCCGACACAAGGAUGGGAUCCCCGAGAGCUUGAGGAUAAAGGCUUUUAUGGGACACGAUGGCUUUCCGAGUCCAUGUGAACACAAGUACUGCGGCUUGGGGCGUCACUGCGUGGCCAACCGGGAGACCGGCCAAGGGGAGUGCAAGUGCUUGGAUCACUGUAAGCCGCACUACAAACCCGUGUGCGGUUCAGAUGGGAAGCUGUACCAAAACCAUUGCGAGCUCCACCGGGCCUCCUGCCUCAGAGGACACAAGAUUACCAUCAUGCACAGUGAGGAGUGCUUCUACAAAGAUGAUAACUGCCGACUGAGUGACUACCGGCGGCUGAAAACCAAGAUUCUGGAUUUGCAUGACAAGCGGUACAUGGGCGCUAACAUCCACGGGGCCCACAAGGAGAACAUGGCCGCCAGGAAGCAACUCGUUGACGUGAUGUUCAAACGCUUUGACGCCGAUAAUGACGGUCAAAUAGAUGCCGGCGAGCUCUCACAGGUGAUCAAGCAAGAAGGUCUGUCCAAGGACGUCUCCGAGUGCACGCUGUUUGACCUGCUGAAGUACAACGACGUCGACGACGACGAGCACCUGACCAAAGACGAGUUUUACACGGCCUUCGAUGUGUACCUGCUCACUCUCCCCGAUGGCCAGGAGGUGAGCGUCACCACAGUUACCGUCGGCCAGAGCGUCGUGUUGACGUGCGCCAUCGCAGGGGAGCGGAGGCCUCCGAUAUUGUGGAAGAGAAACCGCCAGUACCUGAACUCCUUGAACCUGGAGGACAUCAACGACUUUGGAGAUGACGGCUCACUCUACAUCACCAAGGUGACCACGAUCCACAUGGGCAACUACAGCUGUCACGCUGACGGCUACGAGAAACUCUUUCAGACCCACACUCUUCAAGUGAAUGUUCCUCCCGUCAUCCGAGUUUACCCGGAGAGCCAAGCCCGGGAGCCGGGCGUCACCGCCGGCCUGCGCUGCCACGCCGAGGGCAUCCCCAGCCCCCGGCUGGCCUGGCUGAAGAACGGCAUGGACAUCACCACCAAGCUGUCCAAACAGCUCACCCUGCAAGCUAAUGGAAGCGAGGUGCACAUCAGCAACGUGCACUUUGAAGACACCGGCGCCUACACUUGCAUCGCCAAGAACGAGGCCGGCGUGGACGAGGACAUCUCUUCGCUAUUCGUGGAGGACUCCGCGCGCAAAACCCUGGCGAACAUUUUGUGGCGGGAAGAAGGUCUCGGCAUCGGCAACAUGUUCUACGUGUUUUAUGAAGACGGUAUUAAAGUCAUUCAGCCCGUGGCGUGUGAAAUACAGAGACACAUUAAGCCCAGCGAGAAGCUGCUGGCUCUGCAGGAGGAGGUGUGUCCCACCUCACCGGGAGAAGAGGUCCAGAGGUGUGUGUGGUCAUCGGCGGUCAACGUCAAGGACAAGUUCAUCUACGCCACGCAGCCGACCUUGGAUCGAGUGCUCAUCGUCGACAUCCAGUCUCAGAAGGCCGUGCAGACCGUCAACACCGACCCGUAUCCAGUGAAGCUUCACUAUGACAAAUCUCACGACCAGGUGUGGCUGCUCAGCUGGGGAGACAUGGAGAGGAACCUCCCCACGCUGCAGGUGAUCAACCAGGCCAGCGGACGAGUCUCCCACCACACGGUUCACACGCAGCCGAUCGGCAGACGCUUCGACAGGGUGGACGACUUCUUCAUCCCGGCCUCCAGCCUCAUCAUCAACCACAUCAGAUUCGGCCUCAUCUUUCACCGAAAUGAACCUGUCCUCCACAAGAUCGACCUGGAGACGACGUCCUACGUGAAGAACAUCAGCUUACGGGAGUACAACUGCAUUCCCAAGUCCGUGACCUACACCCCUCUCGGCGGCUACUACUUCGUCAACUGCCGGCCCGACUCCACCGGCGCCACGCGGCCGCAGCUCAUCGUGGACGGCGUGACCGACAUUGUGAUCGGACAGAACCGCGACGUCACCGGCGCCCCGUACGCGUCUCCGGACGGCCGCUACCUGGUCACGGUGGACGACGGCGGCGGCCUGAUGAGGAUCCAGAUGAUUUCGGAGCGGGGAGAAAUCCAGGAGCCUUUCGACAUCCACACCAACCUCCACCUGUCCGAUCUGGCGUUCCAGCGCUCCUUCACGGAGAUCCACCAGUACAACGUGUUCGGCAGCUCCGGCCGUCAAACGGACGCUCUGUUUGUGGAGCUGCGCUCCGGCAAAGUGAAAAUGAUCAAGAGCUUGAAAGAGGCCACCGAGUCGUUCGAGUGGCCGUGGAGCAGUAGGAACAGGGUGAUGGCGGGCAGCGGACUGUUCGGACAGUACCUCAUGACCCCGUCCAGAGAGUCCCUCUUCAUCCUGGACGGGAGGCUCAACAAGCUCAACUGCGAGAUCACCGAUGUCCUCAAAGGCAACGUGGUGGUGUGGGUCGGGGAUUCUUAGGGCGUCGAAAAAUCGAAGCCCCCCCCGCCGUGAGCGUUCCUUUUCCUCAACGGUACUGUUGCACGGAAUUCUGUUUGCAAAGUUUUUGAUUGUUAUGGGAACGCGAGAGAGAAAUCCACAGGUUCAGAAACCAAAUUGACCAUUUCUAAAGUCCAUUGGAUGAGUUGACCGUCAUCCCCUAAAAAAUAUAUAUAUAUACGACAUACGAGUAAUUGAUUGAUAGUGUCCGAAGGGCCAAGUUUAUAUUAACAAAUAAAAGUUGCUUGCUGGUAAUCUUUCUUCAGGAAAAUUGGUAUGAAUCCGUUAAUACUGUAUGUGCAACUUUGCAUUGCUGUUCACAAUUGGUUGUGUUCAGUGUGUGAGAAUGCUGAAUAUAAUCUCUGAACAAAAUUAAUACUUAAAAGUGAUUUGGCGGAAAUAUAUAUAUGCAUAUAUACAUAUAUAUAUACAUAAAUAUGUAUAUAUAUAUAUUCAAAUAUUUGAAUAUAUAAAUAUAUACAAAUAUAAAUAUAUAUAUAUACAAAUAUAUAUAUAUAUACAAAUAUAUAUAUAUAUAUAGAUACUGUACAUGUCCAGGAUAACUCUCUAAUUUUAAGUUUAGUCAUCCCAAAACUUUUUCCUGUGCCUUCAAGGAAAAUUCCCCUCCAUCAGAGGAAUUAGCAUCACGUUCCCAGUGUGACUGCAGACAGUCCUCACAAAUCCACCGCCGUCGUCUUUUUUUCCCGUUGAUCCAACGCGGUCGAUUCGGUCCAAUUAAAACGAGCCCUCGCUGUGAUCCAAUCCCGUGUGAAGUGGAGGAUUGAGACCGAAUGUUUCAUUACGCUGCAUCUCCUCUGAUUCCGAAAACCACGAGGAAACGCUUGGGACGCUUUUUGAAUGAUAAUCUAUAUUGAGUUAUCUUUUUCUUUUCCUUUUUGUCCAAAGCAGAACAAUUAAAGUCAGUGACAGUUGUUAGAUACAUUUUACCAUCUUUAUAUACACUAAACAUAGGGAAAUUUGGAGAAUUUCAAAAUAAAAAAAUAGUAACUUUUUGAAUGAUAAUCUAUCUUGUUUUUCCUUUUCUUUUUUCUGUGUUGUCCAAAGCAGAAAAAUAAAAGUCAGUGGCAAUUUUUAGAUACAUUGAACCGGCCUCCUAUACACUAAACAUGGUUAAAUUUGACGAAUUUCAAAAUAAAAUGUAGUCAAUAGAGCAAAAUCACGACUUUUAAUAUCUCUGGACCAAAAAAAAGAAGAAGACACAGGAAGCAUCUUUAGAGUGUAAUAGAGUGAGCUAUUGAAAAACAUGUAUUGUUUGACAGCACGUUUGAAAUGGAUGUUUUGAUGUGAAGUAACGGUGAGCGAGCGCACCGGGCAGCGCGGUGACGGUAUCGUCGAGACGGGCUUUGGGGCUUUGAAUGUGGCAAACACCUGUUUCUGAAGUAGCCGGCAAGUCAAUGAUCCCUAGCUGGACACAUUUCUAUGCAUUUUCACACUAGCACUCUCUGACUGUACAUCACAAUGGGCAACUGUAUCGCAAAAGGUAGUAAGGACUUUUGAUGUGUACAGAUUAUAUGAAGUCAAUCCGUCUUUCCUGUUAAAUCUUAUUACCCGUAUAUAUAUAUAUAUAGUUUGAUCUAGAUUAUUUUGUUCUUUUUUCUCUCUCCCCGAUCACAUUUUUGCUGACCCUAAAAUCCAACCGUACCGACGCCGAUGACCUUUGACCUUUCUCUCUCCGUGUUCCGUACAAAGCGGCCGACUGUGACUCCCAUUAGUUUUUUUCCCCGUUCGAUGUACAGAUUCAUGCAAGGUACACGGUUAUAAUCGACGCACUCCUUUUGAAGAUAUGAAAACUGAAAAACACACGGUUGUCAUGAUCAACAUCCUGUACCCUAACCCCCCCCCCCCCUCCCCCAAGCACAUUGUGAUCAAUGCGUUCACCUCCACAUAGCCAUGUCUAGUAUGUUUCUUCAUGUGAUUGUUAUUUAUAUAGAGAAAACACGCUUGUCAUUUUACCCAACAAUAAAAAACUAGACCAAGAAAAACAA